AAAGCAUUUCAACCUCAGGUAUCCUAAAGUUAAUUCUUGCUAGUUUAAGAUACAUCAUACUUUGGAAGAUAGAGGUCCAUGUUGCAUGUCAGUUUCUGCACAUAUUUUUAAACAUUUGGUAGUUUCUCUGAUUAUUUGUUCAACUCCGACCAUUUGUGCAUACAUAGUGCUCAACAAGCUGCAACAAGUAACAGAAACCGGAGAUAGGAGAACAGAAAGUGUAAACAGCAAUCUCUGGCGAAGAAAACGAGUGUCUGUAAAGGUGCUCUUUCUCAGACAGUGGCUCAGAGGCCAUUCAGAAAGAGGCGGAAUCUUUCAGUGCAGCUAACGAUGAUUCGUUGACUUCGCAAAACUUUUCCUCUUUUAAUCCCAGCCCCCUCUUUUUUUCUUGCUUCUUUUGAGAAGUUGACUUUGCUGCUUCUCAGACAAGCACGUCAUCUGCAAUCUCCAGAGAUUUAGUCUGAUACCAUGAGCUUCGAAGCAGAUGAAUCUAAGGAAGUGGCUACAGAUGUCUUCAAUUCCAAAGGUUUGGCCAUUCAGGCCCAGAAGAAAAUUCUUGGCAAAAUGGCAUCAAAAUCAAUAGCAACUGCAUUGAUAGAUGACACCAGUAGUGAUGUGUUGGACGAACUCUACAGAGUGACAAAAGAAUACACUCAAAAUAAGAAGGAGGCAGAGAAGAUAAUUAAAAAUCUCAUUAAGACUGUUAUCAAGUUAGCAAUCCUCUAUAGGAAUAAUCAGUUUAAUCAGGAAGAGAUCAUGCUUAUGGAGAAGUUCAAGAAGAAGGUGCACCAGUUGGCUAAAACUGUGGUGAGCUUCCAUCAAGUGGAUUUUACAUUUGACAGAAAUUUUUUGUCAAAAUUGUUGAAUGAAUGCAGAGACCUGCUUCAUCAAAUCAUUCAGCGUCACCUAACAGCAAAAUCUCAUGGACGGGUGAACAACGUAUUUGAUCACUUCUCAGAUUGUGAAUUCUUGGCUGCUUUGUACAAUCCAUUUGGAUCUUACAAGACUCACCUGCAGAGACUUUGUGAUGGUGUCAACAAAAUGUUAGAUGACGGCAAUAUAUAAGUAAUUGUAUUGGUGGUGACUGAUUGCAUAUUAGGCUGAGGACUACAAAUGGUCUGAUUGAUUGAUUGAUUGAUUGAAGGAAGGAAUGAAGGCAUGAAGAAAGACUGGACAAAUGUUUGUUUAGUAAGGGAGAUGUUUAAAGCAAACCAAAUUCUAAAAUCCUCCUUUAGAAGAUUCACUUAUUAUUUGGAGUUGCCUGUUUUUCCCAACUUAUUCAGUAUUUUUUACAAAUGGAAUAAUAAAGCCAUGAAAUUGGACAGUUAAGGUGAAGUAGGGCUUUGUAAAAUAAACAGAGAAAUUGUGUAAUCAUAUGCAUAUUUCUACAUGUAGGCAAAUAUUUAUAAUCAACCAAAAUGCUGUAUUUUUAUACAUAAGAAAUAUGACUAUGGCACAUACAUGAUAACUGGAUGUAAGAUUUAACAAGAGUUAAGAUUAAACAGAACCUGUUUUCAUUCAUGUAAAAUCAUAUAUGCUAUACAAAAUUGCCUAGGUCACAUGCUCAUUGUUAUACUGCAAAAACUGAUUUCCCCCCUCUUUGGGUUGGUUCUCAUUUGAGAAUGCAAAGGGCUGUAUGAUCACCAGUGAAAUACUAAGGGCUACCAACAAGUUCAUCUGAAAAUACUCCCAUUUGUGUCAACUGACAUUUCCAUGGCUAUACUACAGUAGUAGUUCUUUAAGCUGUUAUCCUAUGUUUAUUAUCAGGAUAUAUUUCUCAUAUACUGGACAGAUUUCUUUAUAUAAAAUGCUUCCAUAAACGUUCAGUCUAGAUCUCUUAAUCUCAUAGCUUUUACUUCCAAAGCUAUCACACUGGAGCUGUUUUGUAUGCACCAGCCCUUAGUCAUCUCAUCUAGGUGUUCAGGUUUGUUGUUGUUGUUAAUCUGUAAUACAGUUAAUCUGCAUGAUUUAUUGAUGGCUAGUAUGGAUUUGAGUCUAUAAGAUUGCUACUUUUAAAUAACUGUAUUCAUAAAAACUACAUUAGUAGUGCAUGGUCAAUGGAAGCAGCUUUAUACAUGUAUUUCCUCCAUCUUUACCUUCUCCUGAUAGAAAUACAUUAGGAAGCUGUUUCUAUCAGAGCUUGGUAUCUUACUGUAUAAGAGGAGCUAGUUACAUUAUCCUAGUCACUCAGUAGACCAUUCUUUCUUACAGCAGUUGAAAAAAAAUCACUCACAGGGUUACUCACCACUAACAUGUUACCAUUGUGCCACUGAAAAAAAUAUAAGGAACUGUCCUCUAUUUCCUCUCAUUUCUGAUCAUCAUAAUUCUGAAUAAUCUACACUGCUCGAACCCACUUCCCAUCCAAACUAGACCUACCAGCACAGCAUAGCUGACCACCUAUAUGCCUUAGAUCAGUGGUUCCCAACCUGUGGAUCCCCAGAUGUUUUGGCCUUCCACUCCCAGAAAGCCUAACAGCUGUAGGCCAAAACACCUGGGGACCCAUUGGUUGAGAGCCACUGCCUUACAGUAAGUCAUUCAAUCCCUCUUACUUCUCCAUCUCCUUCAAACAUUUUCUCUAAGUCUCUGUCCUGAGCCCACUUCAACUGUGUAAAGAAAUUAUGCAUCCUAUAAAAACUCGCUCAUAGCUCCCACCAACAUUGCUAUUUCAAGUGUGGGCUGUGUGCCACCGUUUAGAGCAGUCAGACUGGCAAAGUAGUGCCCUUUGCACUCAUCCUAAUUGUCUGAAUCUCUGUCUCUCUUCAUUUUUUCCUUUUUCUCUCUCUUUCCCUGUUCUUUGGGCAGAAUGGAGGAACACAGAACAAUUAAAAAAUUCUGGUGCAGCAUGUUUUCAAUGUGUUUCCUCCUUUAUCUCCUCAUAUCCUUCACUCCCUCCUCCUUGGAUCAUCUGAUCAUCACUUACAGCAUCACCCCUUCCCAAAAGGACAACACAGGACAACCAUCCAUGUUAGUCUCCCUCUUCCACCAACUAUUGCUCACACUGAGUCAAAACAUAGUAAGACAUUACAGAAACACUGAAAAGCCCUGGCUGUAAAGGUAACACCAUUCCAGCAUAUUAUUGUAAAAAGUAUCUUAUUACCAAAGUAACCAGUUUCCAAAGUAAUGUGAUACGUCUUCUGAGCUGUGGUCCCCAUCUUACAUACCCCAAUCCUCCAGUGUGUGUGUGGUGUCAAUUCUACUGUCUUCUGCAGAAGAAUGUAUUUUCAGGCUGGGACCCUUGAUAGAGCGAUGCAACAAGGGGAUGCGUAUGCCACUUGUUACUCCCAUUGUUGCACAAGUUAUGCACAUGAAUAUCUUAUAUUUGUAUCUAUAUGAACAUUUUUAGACCUGAGCUGACAAAAUUCAGAAGUUCUUCGAGAGAAGACAUAGAAUACAAUGUGUUGAACAAAACACAUUAUUGAUAUUGUGCUCAUGGUCCCUAAAACCAAAGCCUUGUGUGUAUAUAACUUUUGGGAAAUGUAUAACAAAUAUGAAGGGAAACAUCUUAUAACUACAGCAGCUUCAAUUCGAUUUGUAAUGGUAUUUGUGUGAAAUUAAGGCUACCCAAACUAGUAUGUUAUGUUGAAAAUGUAAUGUUUUUUCCUUGCCAAACAAAUGAGAAUAAUUACAUACUGAUCAAUAUGUUUGGUGUUUAUUUAAUUUGGCAGUUUUUAAUGCUUUUAUAAGUAAACAGAAUAUUUGCACUCCAAAUUUGGUGUAUGAUUUUUGUGGCAUAGCAAAUCAAAAAAUGGAAUAUGAGCAACCUAAUUAAAUCCAAAGUGUUUUUUAUA